AAAAAAGUUCAGGUAUUUUUCCAAAGAGUCGGUUCACAUCAUCUCUUUGUUCCUGACCUUUUAUCUCAUGUACUACCACAGGCAGAUCCUCGUACCCAGGGCUACAGAAUGAUGCAAGCAGGUCCUCCAGGUGGGGGUGCAGCGCCGAAUGACAUCCCCCCAAUCCAGGCCCUCUACAUGGCAGCCGCAAGCCAACUCCAAGCCCCUAUCACCGUCUCAGCAAAGGAAGAGGACACGGACGAGAGCCUUCCGCCCAGCGGUAAGGACUGUUACGGCAACGAGCGUCAGACCCUGGGCGACAUGGCCCGCUUCUUCAACAACGCGCUGCUGAGCGACAUCAAGCUGAGGGUGGGGUUCGAAUGCUACAGCGCCCACAAGUUGAUCCUGGUGCGGUCCAGUGAGGUCUUUGAGAGAAUGUUCAGCUCAGAGUGGACCGACCCUAAUAAGAUGGAAGUGGAGCUAGUUGAGGAGCCGGAGUGCUGCGAUGUCUUUGAGGCAUUUCUCAAGUUUCUGUACAGCUGUCACAUUGUCCUCACCGUGGAGAAUACCUUGCCCAUCCUCAUGCUUGCCGACAAGUACAACGUCAGCGAUCUACGAAAAGUCUGCAUCAACUUUGCCACCAGGAGCAUCAUCCCGAAGCUACCCCUCAAAGACGUGUUUCAUGUCUGGUACCAGUAUGCCACCAAAUGCUACCACCACUGUCUCGUCACCUCUUGCAUUGCAGCCCUGUCUCCCAAGGCCGAUGACAUCAUGUCCCUGCCUGAAUGGAGCGUGGAGUGGCUGGCACUGGACAUUGAACAGCUGACCCAGUUCCUGAAGAGCUCAGACCUGACCAUCCGCAAUGAGCUGACCCUGUUCCGCGCCCUGGUCAAGUGGAUCGAUUCGCCCAAGCAUCCUGAGCGGCAGAGCAAACAGAAGGAGUUACUGCAGCAGUUCAUCCAGUACAUCCGAUUUCCCAUGAUGACCCCAGAGCAACUGGAGCAACUUGAGAAACACCGCGUGGUGGAGCAGAAUCCGGAGAUGUUUGUACCCUACCUCCUUCAGGCCUACAAGUUCAAUGCUAUCAACCUGGAGGCCAGGUCCAACAAUAAGGAUUUCACCUCCUCCAACUUCCUGCUAAGGAAUUACACCGACCUCCGCUGGGACAAACGCAUUGUUCUGUCGGGAUACUCCCACUUUGGAAGACUCUCGGAAGUCAUGCCCAGGUUUUCCACGCGCUCCUCCUCCUACCCUCACACGAGCUGGGACUGGGAGUUGAAGAUAUACCCGAAGGGUUCGUCCACAAAUAACGAGGACUUCCGCGUCGUGCUCUACUCCAACGUGGUGCUUGAUCUGCCGCGGCCCAUGGAAUACAUGAUCUCAAUGGUGAAUAAGGAGGGCGUCCUGGUUUCUGUUUCUGGAAAGAAGAACUUCACAAAGUCGAGGUAUACUGCUGACUCGGAUCUGGACAAGAAGGUUUCGGUGGACGAGCUGUCAUCACCGAAUUCCCGCUUUUUGGUGAAUGAUAACGUUGUACUGCAGGUGAUGGUCAAACCACUGCAGUGACAUACAUUGUCAAGGGAAUAAUUUGCAGGGUAUCACAGAUUCUUGUGAAUGAAGGAAACCUUGAUCCUGUUAAAAACAAGAAAAGUUUACAAUCUCAACGUAACCAAAGCGCUUUAAGGACUUCUGUGUCUGUAUGUUUACAGAGUAUUGUAUGUCUAACAGACUAUCACUGUGUUGAAUUGUUGGAUGUCCGUGCAAUCAUCCCAAAAUGUUUAUUGGAACCAACAACCUGGCAUGCUUGUUAAUGAGUGAGAAGCACUAACUGCUGAGCUGUGUGGCAUGAACUUCAAUUAGACUUAACAAGAAUAUUGCCAGUAGUUUGCCGGGGCGGUAGUGCAAGCGAUAUUUAAAACCCUUCAGUGCAAGACGCGUGAACAAUUUGAACGUGCAUUAUAUUAACAAACAUGUGGACGCAAUGGCCCUGUCCAGACCAAGUGUUAAACACCAGUGUUGUGUUGGACUACAAAAUAUGUAUUUGACAAAAUAUGCAUGAAGCAUAUAACGAGUCUUCGUCACGGACUUUGUGUCAUGUUAUGGCUGUGUCUUGCCCUGCCACGUUUCCUACAUUUGAAUGAGGAUUGUUACACUGUAUAUCAUAUGAAAAAAGGAAAAGAAAAACUAACUAUACAAUUGUUGUCUUCAUCUACUGGUACAUGUAUACACCUCCCAGUGUACAGUGUACAUGUAUGUGUGUAAACCUAAACAUGCCUGAAUUUUCACUCAGGAAAUACAUGAAUUAUGAAGGACAAGGAAACAGUUCAAUGUAGGUUAACGUAAUGGUCGAAGCUGUAAUGCUCAAAAAGGUUGUAUUCUAUUUUUGUAUUGUGUGACAAGCAGUGCGUAGUUCAUGUUAACCGCUGUUAAAUAAAGAAAAUGUUUGCAUCGUAUCAGUAGACUAAAUAUUCAAAAGAAACUUUUUACUGGGUGAAUAGAAGUGUAUCCUUGUACAUGUACACUGUAUGCGUAUUUUGUAUUAAUAACAAUGCUGUUGUGAAUCUGAUUUGGCCAAAGUGCAAUUACUCAGCAAUCUUAUCAGAAUGUCUAGUGGGAAUGCUUCAAUCGGAAAUUCGAAAUCCAGGCAACUUGUUACAUUUGAGUUCAAUAAUAAGCACAAAGUUUGUCAAAAGAAAAUAAUAACAUAUAUUUGAUAUUUAUGUAAAUUAGAAUUCCUAAUGACACCAACAUUAAAGUGUUCAGGGUCCAUA